AUGAAUGUUUCUGUUAUCAUGAUAAAUACAACUGUACUGGAGAAAUAUGUGUUUACGACAAUAACAAUUUCUAAUCAUUGUGCAAAUUCCAACGUCAAACAAGAUAAGGAUCACAGCGGGAGGCAAUGUAAUGGUGGAAUAACAAACCAGUCUUAUAAAUAUGGCCGUUUGGAGACAUGUAAGAAAUACGGGCUCAUCCUUCAAUUCGACACUGAAUCAAAUCAAAUUGAAAUUAUAAGUAUAGAGUUGUUGACAUACUUCGCCAAGGAGACCAAUGUCAGGGUGGAAAGUGGAAAGGUGCCGGAGGAUUGUCGGAGGGAAGUGGGUGUCACAUCUCAAAAUCGUCAGAUGAUAAAUUCUUUCCCACUUUGA